AUGCCCCACGACGACUUGCGAGUUGAGUGGAUCCGACAGUGUGUCACUGCAGGGUUUAAUUUACCGGAUGGUCCCAACUGCUUCGACGAACUUCUCAGCCGGGAUGAUGGAGAGGAGGAGGAUAAAAUUACCCAUUUUUUAAACGUCGUCUCCGAUGAAGAGUCGGUGUCAAUUCUUCAGUUUUUUGAAACUGUUAGAGAGGAAGAAAUUGAGGUUGAAAUUCCAGUAGGUAAGUUGACGAAGAAAAGUUCGUGUUCAUGAAUAAGCACUUCAUCUAAUAGUAAUGUUUGUGAACACAGAAAAUGAAGACACCGACUCCGAGGAUCCUGGCAAGAAGUCCUGGACCCAAAGUGGAGAGGAGUUAACCUUACAGUCAGAGGAGACCUGUGAACCAAGCCUGAGAAAUGUGAGAUUUAACUUUUAUUUCAAUCCUCCUAUCACUAUGGCUCUCUGUCCUUGAGAUCAGCAUGUGUAAUAAUAGAAAAAAAUUAAUUUAUCUAUUCAUAUGGUAUAAAAGUAAUAACUCAUGUCUUCUUGUGUUUCCAGAGGGUGGAGCUCCAAGUGGUUUAUCAUGUUGAGCUUCAUGUCACAGUAAAUGAGCAUCAAGAAAGAUUCUUAAAAUCCAGAGUCUUUUACUUUAUCAGGAAUACAAAUGGUAAGAUAAUUUCGUGGUAUCUUUGAAUAAAGCUGUUCUUAAAGGGAUAUUCCAGCGUAAAAUUAAUUUAGGGUCAAACACACCGUAACACCGAGUUUGACACCCCCUAGAGAGAUGAAUGUUGCCAACCGCUCGCUUCUCUAGUUAUACCAACUUGAGUAACGACCGCAGGAGAGCAAUACACAGAGCGCCACAUGCUCAACCAAAACGCCGCUCUAUAGCCACAAAUAAUGCUCAGAACCGCACCGAACUUCAUCAACAGGACAUAUAGGGUCCCAUCCAUAGUACUAGCCACCAAACAUCUUUUUAACUUUGCCUAAUUUCUUCAGCAAAGAAACUAAACACAACUCACCUACUCUCUUCCAGCAGCCGCUUGUUUGUAGCGGGACGUCAGACAAGUUGAUCACCAAGCGCAGCGGGGUAACACAGCUCAAGGGAGAAUAUUUAUGAUCAUUUCUUUAUGGAAGUGCAAUCAGAUCGAGACGCUAAAGCGGAAGAACUACCGUGUCUGCAGUGCAAAAUGAUGAAUAUGAUGAUUAUUAGUUCAAGAAAAUGAUCAUAAAUGUUCUUCCUUGAGCUGUGUCACCCCACUGUUGUCCGCAAUGGACUGGCCUGAGGUCUCGCUACAAACAAGCCACUGCUGGAAGAGAGUAGGUGAGUUGUGUUUAGUCUCUUUGCUAAAGAAAUUAGCCAAAGUUAAAAAAUGUUUGGUUGCACGCGCUUUGGCUGGGACCCUAUAUGUCCUGUUGAUGAAGUUAGGUGCUGUUCUGAGCAUUAUUUGUGGCUAUAGAGUGGCGUUUUGGUUGAGGUUUGUUUAUGGCUCCUCAGACCGCUGUGUAUUGCUAUGGUGCGGUCGUUACUAAAGUUGGUAUAACUAGAGAAGCAAGCGGUCAGCAACAUUCAUCUCUGGAGGGGGUGUCUAACUCGGUGUUACGGUGUGUUUGACCCUAAAUGAGUUUUACGUCGGAAUAUCCCUUUAACUAGUAUCGCACAAAAGACAGUAAAACAAAGAGAUCAUUGUUUGCAUUUUCAACAGAGACUAUUGUUGAUCCCCUGGACAUGGAUGAGGCGAGUUCUCUGAUGCCAAAAUUUUUUGAGUUUGGCAUGAACUGUGGCCAUCCUCUUCGUGUGCUACAGCAAAAACUUAUCCCUGUGAGUCCAUGCACAUUGGAAAAGCACUAAUAAAACUUAGUAUAAUGUCUGCAGAAAAACCUAAGCCAGCAACCAUGCACAGCAAUAAUUUCUUCUCACAAACUGGGCAUCUUACUGUUUUUUUUUUCAGGUGUUUGCAUCGUUGUCAACCACCCACCAGAUGAAUAUCAAGGGUGAAGGCUGUCAAAUCAGCCCAGAUUUUCAUCACGAGGAGACGAGUCUAGAAGCUGAAAAGAGUACAGUGAAAUUAAGUCGACCUUUCACGGAUCGUGAUGAGUUGCUCAACGAGUUGCACAAGUAUUCCGGUCUGAUUAAUGAAACUCUCACAAAGCUUCAGAUUCAAGGUUUGUCAUUGAAGACGUAAAAAAUGCUCUCAGUUUUUUCACUUGAGAGAAGAUGUUAGCAGCAGUGUAAUCAGCAGCUGCUUGGAAUCCCACAUUUUUCUCUUCAGUAUCUAAAGAAUUAAAACUUUUAACUUGAUAGGAUUUUACUCUGUUUUGUUUUAAAAUGAAAAAAAUAAUUGCAAGAGCCUCAUUGGAGAAGAAAAGGCACCGAAGACACAAUGCAUGCCCUCUAAAAUUAACGUAGUCAAGCUAAUUUUUAGUCUCUUUGACACAGAGGACAUUGCACUGCAUAUCCCUGAGCUGGACCUGGAUCAGGAGGUGGAUGUGCUGCUUUCUGAUCCAGAGAUGGUUGAGAAGUUAGAGCAAUGUGUGAUGAACUGGCAGACACACAUUACGAUUGUUGUUGAGGAGCAGCUAAAUAAAAAACCACAGGUUGGUGAACCUUCUUGUAUGCAGAUGGAUUGAGGUGAAGCCCAGAGUUCUCAUGAAAUGUUCUUUCUAUGACACUAUAAAACAAACACAUUGAUAACCAGAGACCAAUUUAAACCACUAGCAUCUGUUUUCCCUUCAGGCACCUGGACCUAUGGCUGAGAUCUAUUUUUGGCAGGAGCGAGCGGUCGUUCUAAGCGCCCUGAGUGCGCAGCUCAAAAGACCCGUGGUGAAGAAGAUCCUCAGGGUGAUGACCGAAGCGGAGGCAGGUGUUGUUCAGACACUGGAUGGAACAACCUUUGAGCUCCAUAAAUACAAGGAGGAGGCAGAGAGUAAUUUCCGCUACGUUAGCAUUCUUGAAAGACAUUUCAUGGUAAACUUUUUAAAAAUACACAUUUGCUAAGAUUUCUUUGAGUUAUUUUUCUUUCCAAUGCAAUACCCAAUCAUGAAGAGCUAGUUGUAACCAAAACACCUGGAAAAAAUACUUCAAAUCAAAAUCCUGACUACAAUACUGGUCUAUCAAUUCAACUAUAAGAAAGUAACUGCUGUCUGUUUCAGAAUCUGGCUAGUGGAGCGAGUUUUAGUAUGAUCCUGGAGACCAUCCCAGACUUGAUGGAAAGCCUACAGAUAGUGUGGAUGAUGUCUAUUCACUACACCAAAAAUGAGCGUAUGGUCCCUCUGAUGGAGCGGAUUGCCUGGCAGCUUUGUGAUCGUGUGGAUCGAGCAAUCAGUUUUCAAACACUCUUAAAGUAUGUGUGAUUAUAUGAACAUUUUUACAUGUAAGGCUCAGGUUUUAGAUAAUUUACACUUAAUUGACCCGUGUUAAUUUAGCAGUUUGUCUAUGACGUAAUGAUUUGGACUGCCUACAACAGAGAUGACAGGGAGGAGGCCAAGUCCAAGGUGCAAGAUGCAAAGCGAGUUUUAGACCAGUGGAGGCAAUCCUACUUCGAGGUGCGUGCUGAAAUCGAAGAAACCAACAGUUAUCCACGCUGGGAAUUCGAUCGCAAGAGACUGUUUGAGAAGACAGAUUACAUGAGCUCUGUCUGCCAGGACCUGUACAAUGUUUUAAUGGUCAGUGGUUGAUUCACAAAGACUCUCCUUACUCAAGCACCUCACAUUUAAGCAAAAGCAGGACUUUGGAAACAGUUCUUCUGGAUUUGUGUUGUGCAGGUUUUGGAGGAGUUCUCUAACAUCUUAGGGCCUGAGCUCAAAGCUGUGACCGGAGACCCGAAGAGCAUUGAGGAAUUGGUGCGCAAAGUGGACGGUUUGGCUCAGUUCUCGGAGAGUCUUAGUUUCAAUCCCUUCGACAUCUGUAAGAUGAGCAGCUGGAAAAUAACCAUGCAGGAAUUCGACAGUAUGGUUCAGGUGAGUUAGGGACCUCUAGGAUUCAUGAGUUGUGUUUGAGACCCAGACAAACAGGAAUAGGGACAUGAGUGUAAGUGUGUUCAAAUACGAUUUUCUGUUCACCUCUUUCAGGCUGUAGAGGAAGACGCUAUCAAGCUCGUUGAUCAGUCCUUCAGAACACUGCACUCUUCAGCCGCUGGCCUUGAAAUGCUCCUGAAAUUCAAACAAAUCUGCUCCAGAGAGGCCAUCAAUAACCAUCUGAUCAAAACUUUGAACCACAUGUUUCCUAAGUUCUGCAAAGAGGUACUGUACCUUCAACCAAAUGAAUUGAGCAUGACUUGCCACGAGAACGGUUAAAGACUGAUGAUGUCUCUUCGUUUUAGUUGGAGUGUAUAGAUGGCAUCUUUGAGGCACAGAAGGACAAGCCACCGCUGAAUAAACACGAGCCCCCUGUGGCGGGAGCCAUCAGAUGGGUCAGAUUUCUCCUCCACCGCCUCAAAAAAACCAUCCUUCCCUUUCUACAAAUGCCAGAGAUGGCUGAGAGCGAUCAGGCCAAAGUGGUGAGUAAUAUCACUGCUCCAGAGUGUUAAAAGAGUACGUAUACAAGACUAUUCUGAUGUCAAAACAUUAUUUGAAGCCUUUAUGGGACUUUUGCUGCAUUCUGCUCAGAUCAAAAAGAACUAUCUGGAAGUGGCAGUCAAGAUGAAGGAGUAUGAGAGGAAGAAACACGAGGACUGGCUGGAUCAGACAAACGCUAACUCGCAGUUGCUGGUGACAAUGAAAAUAUUGACUGUUAGUAGCAAUGAAAACCAAACCCAGGGAAAACAAGUAAGUAGUAUGAAAAAGAGUCUUUUUUUGACAAAUAACUUUUUACAAAUAACAUUCUGUGCAAAACCGUUUCAAAAGGCACUCUCACGUAUAUGUAUAUAUGUUUUUUUCUUAACUUAAGGAUGUCCCGUCGAUUGGAAGUUGCCAAGCGGGUGUGCGAUUCAUUGUGAACUUUCCUCCAGAGAUUAGGGAAAUGAUAUCCGAGGUACACUAUCUUGAGCCACUGGGUUUAUCCGUGCCUGAAAUCGCUAAGGUCAUUGCUUCCCAGGAGCACAACUUCACCAGGUAAUGAUACUUACCCGCAGUUUCACUCAAAGCGUAUCCUUAACUGCUCUACUGGCUAAUAGAACCUAUUGGUCCUACCUGUUCUUCAUCUACAGGAACGUUAAUGAUCUCAACAACCUGGUCAGCUGCUACCACUCUGUGAUGGACUGCCUGAGCGGAGCAAAGUCUGUAGUGUUGGCUGAACAGAUUAAAGCCGUCACAGAGGUGAUACAAUCCGGCUGCGAACGACUCCUCUGGGGUUCUUCUGGUAUGAUGUUAGAGAGGCCUCACGAUCUGAUGAAAUGUAUAUCGUCUCUGGUAUUUUAAGUCACACUAUGUUUUGUUUUAGGCAUCUCUGACUUUGUGGACCGAGGUCUUCAGGCCGUCUCUAAAUUGGAGUCACUUGUAAAACAGAUUCAGAAGAAUGAGCGGGAUAUUGAGUCCAAGUUGCAAUCCAUAGCGACGGCCAACUUACUGAAAUAUCCUGUCCCGGAAAAAUCCAAAGACUUACCAGGUAGAGCGAGUAAAGAGAUCUUUAUUGUGGAAUACAGUGAACGGAUCACAGUCACUCAAACUUACUUGCAUGAGUUUUCAGGUGUCAAGGAGUUCUUUGGGCAUAUUGAGCAAGAACGAGCAGCAACUGUGAAGGCGCUGAGCACGAAGUACGCCGCCAUCGGAGCCCUCAUCAUCGAGAUCGAGCACUUGGUCUUGGAAACCAGCAGCGGCAAAGCCAAAAGUAUGGCAGAUUACUACAAGCACUGGGAGCGGAGGGUGAUGGACUCCCUUGUAAAGAUGUUGCUGAGGUAACUCUACAUGGUCAGAGUUUUGAGGUUAUCUUUUUUCAGGGUUCCUGCACAGUUGAAAAUUCCAUACUCUUCCAUACCCUACUUUUUAGAAUAAUUUUUCAAAAUACCUACUUUUCUAUUUUAGAAAACAGUAUUUUUGAACUGUGGUAGUAGUCUGGAAACAUAAAUAUUUUUCCAUACUUUAUUUUUCAUUUUUCAUACUUUUUAAGACCUGGAAAAUGAUCAAACUACUUCCAUACUUUUCCAAACUUGCGUUGGAACCCUGCAGUAAUUGCUUCUCGUUGUAACUUUGCUUUUGUCGCUGUCACAUUUAGGAACAUUGAGGCGUUCAACACGGCGCUCCUGGGGAACACUCCUCUUUUCCAAGUUGAUGCUAUUGUGUCUGCCCCUACAAUCGUGCUUCAGCCUCAAAGCAACGAGAUCUACUGGCUACUUAUGCAGUGUAUCAGAGACUGGGUGGAGAGCACAAAGGUGGGGUCAACAGGAUUCUCGAAUAUAUCAGUAAUAGAUCUGUGUUUCAGAGCUAAUAGUCGCCCAUAUAUUUAUGUUGCAGCAAUUUGUGCGUUGGAUGCGCGGCACCUGCAUCCAGUGCCCUCCACAACGAGGGGGGAGUGAAGAUGAGACAGUAAUAUUCAGCUUCUUUACUGACAUAUGGAAACACCCUCAGAUUAAUGAGAGCGCCAUGAAAGUGUCCCAGAACAUCCAGCGGCUGCUCUUCUCCACGGAUCGCUACCUGAACCACUGGAAACAUUACCUGCCCCUGUGGAAAAAGAACAAAGCCAUCGUCAAUGAGAAGUUUGCGUCAAAACACCCACCCUGCGUCGUGUAUGAUGACAAGCUGCAGUUCUUGUCUAGUAUCAAUCAGGAGGUGUCGCUGGAGCCCUUAUUCAGGUGUGAGCACAUCAUGCAUGUCAACCUAGAACCUCUGAUACUUGCGGUGCGUGAGAACGCCGAUUCCUGGAUCAGCUCACUCUGUAGCUUCCUCCACAAGCCGACCAAAGAAGAUCUCUUCAAUCUAAAGGAUGAAUUUAUGGUACUGAGUUAAUCUUUGCCGAUUGUGUCGUAUGUGUUUAUGUGUAACUUCUUUAAGGUGAUUGAUCAUUACGCUUUUUUUGGACAACAGCAACUCUCUACAAAGCUCAAACAGAGCCCGGACUCUUUCGAAGGUCUGAAGUCUGUCCUUAGCACCAUCUCAGACAUCAGGGACAUGUCUCUGGAUGUGGAGAUGAGACUGAUUGAUCUCAAGGAGAGAUACAGAACACUGGCCAUGUACAAACUUCAGGUACUGUAUGUGAAAUAUUCCCAACUUUAAUGGUAAGAAAGAACAAGUUUAUCAUGUUUCUUCAACACUUUUUAUGACCUUACUCCUGGUCAAGGUUGGAGAGGAUGAACUGGAACUGGUUGCCAAUAUUGACCAGAUUUGGAGUGAUCUGUGUGCAGAAUCCAGACAAGUGGACCGAGGUCUGGCACCUGUCAAGAAAUUAUUUACCGAAGUAAGACAUCAGACCAUCAAAACAAAAAAUAAAAAGCAUAUUCUGUUUUCUUUUUUUAAUCAGUUUUCGUCGCUCAUUUCCCUUUUUUUUCCUUCCAUGAAAACUUCAAGACAACAAAGGAGAACACGGAAGAGUUUAAGCAGGAGUUGCUCAUUUUUGCUGAAAGCUUCAACAUGCAUGGUCCCGGUGCUGUGGGAGAUAACUUGGACAAAGGUACCAGAGCGCUCUGACUCAAACGGAGACAGACGUAGUGUUGGUGCUUUCAGUAGAGAGGGAAAAAAAACAAAGAAUUUUUUUGUUUGCAGGAUUUUCCAUUUUAAGGAAAUACGAGGCGGACCUUGCCAAGGUGGUGGCGGAUCGACAGGAGCUAGCAAAUGCAGAAAAGCUGUUGGAAAUUCCGAUCACCAUGUACCCUGAGAUUAUGAGCAUGCAGAAGGACUUAGCAGGAUUGAGACAGAUAUAUGACGUCUUCAAAGCUCAGGAGGUCAGAUGUGGUGGCUGACAGAUUUAAAUAAAAGUUGCAUAUUUGGGCUAAAGAUGUGUAUCAUCCGUUUUGGUUUUAACUUGUAUUUAUGUUCUCCCUGGUACCUUUCAGGAUGCAAAAGCAGAGUGGUCUCAGACCUUAUGGGUUGACUUAGACAUCCAGCUCCUACAAGAGGGUGUUGAGGGUUUCACCAAGAGAUUGAGGCGGCUGCCCAAAGAUGUGCGAGGUCUACCUGUGGCCUUCUUCCUCGAGGGGCGUUUAAAAGAGUUCAAGGAGUCCCUGCCUCUUCUGCUGGACCUGAAAAACGAGGCCCUCAGAGAGAGGUCAGUCUGUCCCCAGAACCCAAGUGUGAUAAAUCUGAGAUACAGAAGUGAACAAUUAAUAACAGAAGAUGUGAAAUACAUCGUAAAUGUGUCAAGAUGAAGUGAAAUUAAACCCUUGGGUGUGUGUGUGUGUGUGUGUGGACUGUCUUUUGCUACAGACACUGGAAAGACCUAAUGGAAAGAACCGGAACCAGCUUUGAGAUGAACCCUGCCAGCUUCACCCUGGAUAACAUGUUUGCCAUGGAGUUGCACAAACAUGCAAAUGUCAUUGGUGACAUUGUUACUGCUGCUGUAAAAGAGCUCGGCAUUGAGAAGGUAAGAUUCAGUCUUGGUGAUUUAAACUUAAAUUAAAGAUGAGACGUAACAACAACAUCAUGUACGAUUACUAAACUCUGUCUCUGUAUGUUUGUAUCUGGGCUUCCAGGGUAUGAACGAGGUGGUGGAGACCUGGGAAAACAUGAAGUUCAGCAUUCAGCCUUAUGUCAAAGGCACUGAGAAGCGGGGCAGGAUUCUGGGUGCUGUGGAUGAGAUCCUUCUGAAUGUGGACAACGAUGCCAUGAACCUACAGAGCAUGGCAGGCAGCCGCUUUGUUGGGCCUUUCCUUGGUCCCAUUCAGCAAUGGGAAAAAGACCUGUCCCUUAUCAGUGAGACGAUAGAGGUCAGCCAGAUCUAUGAAAGAGGAUUAGGGCCACAAGAAGAGAAAAAAAAUUAUUACUGGAGGGAGAUUUUUUCAAUUUACAUUUCGGGAUGAAAGACGAAAUUGAAAAAAGUCUAAGUGAAAUGCUGUUUGGCUUAAGUUUGUCAUCGCCAUCCAUGGGCCAGAGCGCAUUGGGUCCUCAGCUUUGGUACUGCCUGUGCCUCAGACUCCGGGAUUGUCUUUGCUACACGCCUUCAGGAUCAAUCAACUUGAUUAGUUGUCUUAUUGUCUUGCGAUACAACAAUAGCCUUACUGUAAUAGCAUGUAGGUGUAACCAUCGAUAACCAAUAACCUAAUCUUUAUUUGUGUAGACUAUUUGUGUUACCUUUAAUCUCAUAAUUUCAAUUUUAAUCUCGAACUUUUAAAUUAAUUCUCUAAUUUGAAUUUUUAACCUCAAGAUUUCAACUUUACUGACACAAUUGUGGUUUUUUUUUAAGAUGAAAUUUUGACUGUAACCUCAAAAUGUUGACUUUAAUCUCCUUCCUGAAAUCCUUUUGUUUCUCUUCAUGUGGCCCUCAUCUUCUUUCGUACAGAUCCCUCAAAUCUUGCUGCAGCUGCUUAUUUAAACCUCACUGAAAACCGACUCUUACACAGGUUUGGCUGCUGGUGCAACGAAAAUGGAUGUACCUGGAGAGCAUAUUCAUCGGUGGAGACAUUCGCUCACAGUUACCCGAGGAGGCCAAGAAAUUUGAUAAAAUUGAUCAAAGAUUUAGAGAUGUAAGUUUCACAGUAACAGUGCGGAUGAAAACAAAUGACCCUGUCACAUGGCAUCUUAAGAUAACUGUGCUUACUUCAUUUUUCAUGCAGAUUAUGAGUGAGACAGUGAGGGUUCCGAACAUUAGGAAAAGCUGCCUGGUCCCUAACCGGCUAACAGACCUGCAGGCCCUGAGUGACGGUCUGGAGAGGUGCCAGAAGAGUCUGAAUGACUACCUGGACUCAAAGCGAAAUGCAUUUCCUCGCUUCUUUUUUAUCUCUGAUGAUGAGCUGCUCAGCAUUCUGGGAAGCAGUGACCCUGCCUGUGUCCAGGAGCACAUGAUUAAGGUAUUCGAGAUGCAGAAGAUCACUUCUUCUUUGUGUCUCUGAAGAAUUUUUCUUCACAGAUCUGUUUUCUUUGCUCUUAAAGAUGUACGACAACAUAGCAUCCCUGAGGUUUGAUGCGGACAGCGGUGGGGAAACAGUAGCUGGAGCCAUGGUGUCUGCUGAAGGUGAAGUGAUGGAGCUUAAGAAGCCCAUUCCAGUCGAGGGCCGGGUGGAGGAGUGGAUGACGGGAGUCCUGCAUGAAAUGAGGAGAACCAACAGACUCAUCACUAAGGAGGCGAUCUUUCGUUAUUGUGAAGACAGGAGCAGGUGCAUGUAGAUCCAACAUGAGUCAGUGAAUUUUGUCUUUUAAUUCUCUUUGUGUAAAUGAUCCGUUUACCUUUUCCCAUCUUUCUCAGGGUGGACUGGAUGUUGCUUUACCAGGGCAUGGUCGUGCUGGCUGCAAAUCAGGUGUGGUGGACCUGGGAGGUGGAGGAUGUUUUUAAAAAUGUGAAGAAAGGAGACAAGCACGCCUUGAAGAACUACGCCAAAAAAAUGCACCAACAAAUCGACGAGCUGGUAACACGAAUAACUCAACCUUUGAAGAAAAACGACCGAAAGAAAAUCAACACCGUGCUGAUUAUUGAUGUUCAUGCAAGAGAUAUAGUGGACAGCUUUGUACUGAACAGGUAAAUUCUGUUUUGAACUGAUCCUGACUCAGUAGAACUCAUGUAGUUGAAUGAAUAAUUGAAAUUGUGUUCCUUCUCCAGUAUAAUGGAUGCACGAGAGUUUGAGUGGGAGAGCCAGCUCAAGUUCUACUGGACUCGGAAACAUGACGACCUCUUUGUGCAUCAGUGCAGCGCCACCUUCUCUUACGGCUACGAAUACAUGGGGCUGAAUGGCCGACUGGUGAUAACUCCCCUGACAGAUCGAAUCUACCUCACCCUCACACAGGUCAUUCUUAUCAACUGAACUCUCAGUUCGUAAACAUUUAGGCGUGGUGACAUUAUGGUUACAUGUGGAUGUAUGUUUGUUAUGAAGGCCCUCUCUAUGUACCUGGGUGGAGCUCCUGCUGGACCAGCUGGUACAGGAAAGACAGAGUCCACUAAAGAUCUGGCUAAAGCUUUAGGUCUUCUGUGUGUGGUAACAAACUGCGGUGAAGGGAUGGACUAUAUGGUAAGAAAACCGCACUCAAAAUGGUUUCUGGUUUCUCAACAUAGACUCCACCUUUUCACAUUUUAAAGGUUUUUGAAGUCUUCAUUUACAAAACAGACGGUCUUGGUUAUUUGUGUCAUUUGCCUCCUCUGUGUUUGCAGGCUGUGGGUAAGAUCUUCUCUGGACUCGCCCAGUGUGGAGCUUGGGGCUGUUUUGAUGAGUUCAACCGUAUCGACGCCUCUGUCCUGUCAGUGAUCUCUUCUCAAAUCCAGACAAUCCGCAAUGCUCUGAUCCUGCACCUUAAAAGGUUUCAUGUAAGUCUGUUGUAGCUAUAAAGAACUUUUAAAACAUAAACUGAAAACUACGGAAGCCCUAAGCGGACAUGGUUUGUUUAUUUUUUACCCCCCGUUUUCUUGAGAUCACAAGAUAGUUUUGUCGUGAUCUCAAGACAACAAGGCUUCCUGGACAUGGUUUGUUUAUUUUUUUACGAAUUAUUUUGCGAUGGACUAGAAACAUUUGGCUGAUCACUGUACGUGUCCGUGGUGUCUCCCCUUUGCGACAGCACAAAAUGCACGGGGUAAGAUGCACACCCUCUGAACUUUACAGGACGAGAUCACCCCAAAAUUAUUCCUGGUCAUCACUAUUAGGCUGUUGCUCUGGUGCUUCUUGAUGCGUAAAAACUAUCUUGUGAACUCGAGAAAACAGGGGUAAAAUAAAUAAAUAAAUAAACCAUGUCUGCUUAGGGCUUCCGUAGAAAACUUCAUAGAAACUGAAGAUUAUUUUAAAAGGAUUUCUUUUCAUUUCACUGUGUUUGCUUGCUCGAUUGUCAAACUUGAGCAGUGUUGACCUUUUUUCUCCUUUUAUCAUCUUCUCCAAUUUCACUCUCUGCGAUCACUGCUCUGUUACCGUUAGUUUGAAGGGCAAGGGAUCAGCCUAGAUGACCGCAUGGGAAUUUUCAUCACCAUGAACCCAGGUUACGCGGGACGCACGGAGUUGCCAGAAUCGGUCAAAGCUCUCUUUAGGCCGGUUGUGGUUAUCGUGCCUGACCUGCAGCAGAUCUGUGAGAUCAUGCUCUUCUCUGAGGGCUUCCUGAUGGCCAAGGUGAUGGACACAAACCGAACACUAAUGACUUUGUUAAUAUUAAGGAGUGGAGUACCAUUAAAUGAAAUAAUUGAUAUAAUUUAACUUAUGGAGGCUUUUAUCACUGUUGUUUACUUUAGGUCCUGGCAAAGAAGAUGACAGUUCUGUAUAAGCUGGCCCGUGAGCAGCUGUCCAAACAGUCUCAUUAUGACUUUGGUCUGAGAGCUCUGAAGUCUGUCCUCGUGAUGGCAGGAGAGCUGAAGAGAGGCUCCCCAAACCUCAGUGAGGUAAACAUGCUUCUUUGUCAUAUAAUAAAUCAGAACUUUUUCUCUUCUCCUCACCUUUUUUCUUCUAAUAUAUUUUUAUCAUUUCUUCUUCUUUCACUUUGUCAUCUUUCAUCUUCACAGGAUGUGGUGUUGAUGCGCGCUCUGAGAGACAUGAACCUGCCAAAGUUUGUGUUCGAGGAUGUGCCUCUGUUCCUCGGGCUGAUCUCAGAUUUGUUCCCCGGGCUGGACUGCGCCCGUGUUCGCUAUCCGAACUUCAACGAUGCUGUGGAGCAGAUUCUACAAGACAACAAAUAUGUUUUACUUCCCAACCAGGUCUGAGAUUUUAUUAUGAUUCUCUUAGAUACUCGUUUUUCCUGCACAGAUACAGAUAAAGGUAUUCGGGCUUUGUGUGGUUUCAGGUCGACAAAGUGGUGCAGAUGUAUGAAACCAUGAUGACCAGACACACCACGAUGGUUGUUGGCCCAACAGGUGGAGGGAAAUCGGUUGUGAUCAGUACAUUAUGUCAAGCUCAGACAAAGUACAUACCAACAGAGUACAUACCUUGAUUUUUUACCACCCUCCUGUUUUUUUCUGUAGACUGUAAAAAGUGUAUUUAUCUCAUUAUCAGAUUGGGAUUGCAUACCAAGUUGUAUCCUCUGAACCCUAAAGCCAUGAGUGUCAUUGAGCUUUAUGGCAUUCUGGACCCGGACACUCGAGACUGGACUGACGGGAUUUUAUCAAACAUCUUCCGCGAUAUCAACAAGCCUACUGACAAAAAGGAGCGGAGGUGAGAAGAGUAGAGGAAACAUUGAUUAAUAACUUAAUUUGCAGAUUUACAACCAUUUACAUAGAGAGGGGAAUUACAAUAAGAAAAAAAACCUGCACUCUGUUUCACAGGUACAUCCUGUUUGAUGGGGAUGUGGAUGCCCUGUGGGUGGAGAACAUGAACUCGGUAAUGGAUGACAAUAAGCUCCUCACACUUGCCAAUGGAGAGAGGAUUCGAUUACAGAGUCACUGUGCUCUUCUGUUUGAGGUUUGCUGAACUUCAGUUGAAGUCUGUAUUUCCUCACACAUUUCAAUAAAGCAACUUUCAGAGCUUGAUGGAAUAAUUUCAGGUUGGAGAUCUUCAGUACGCCUCUCCUGCCACUGUUUCCCGCUGCGGGAUGGUUUUUGUGGACCCAAAAAACCUACGAUACACCCCAUAUUGGCAGAGAUGGGUGAACAACAAACCUGUUGGGGUAAGAAAAGAGAAUUAUGCACAUUUUUAUAUAGUCUGAUAAGAUCUCAACACUGUCUUUGUCUUCACCAGGAACAAGAAGUGCUCAACAACCUGUUUGAGAAAUAUGUGCACAGCUCUAUUGACAUGAUCGUGGACGGUAUUGUUGAUGGCAAACAGGGCAAGAAACUAAAGACUGUUGUACCUCAGACGGAUCUGAACAUGGUAGGUCCACCUCACCCUUCCCAGAUGAAGUGGGAAUGGUUAUGUGCUUAAAUGUUAUUUUGGUGCCGUAUACAGAGCACUCAGAUGAAAUGUGUGUGUGUGUUGGCUGUGUGUUCAGGUGACUCAGCUGUGCUUGACUCUGGAUGCACUGCUCGAGAGUGAGGCCAGCAGUGCUGACGUCCUGGAGUGUUACUUCCUGGAGGCUCUGUACUGCUCACUGGGGGCCACAUUGUUGGAGCCCAGCAGGCUCAAGUUCGAUGAGUUCAUCAAAAAGCUCUCCCGUUUGACUACAGUGCAUGAUGAGACAAGCCUGGCAGGACCCGGAGAGAUACCAGGUACAACACAAGAAUUUGGUCUGAAGAAUGAGUAAAUAAGGAAAAUAUUUUGUUAUUUUAAAAACAAAAUAUCUUCAUCCAUCCAGGAUACCUGCCAACUCUGUAUGAGUUUCAUUUUGAUGGUGAACAGGAAAAGUGGGUACCCUGGAGUUCACUGGUCCCCAAAUUUACCCACAACCCUGACAUGAAGUUUGCUGAUAUUCUAGGUAAAGGUCAUUUCUGUGUCCCACAUACGUACGACCACGACACAUAUAAUUUGAAGUUUUUCACGACUUCUUUCACUUUGGUUCUCUUCACGUCAACCUUUGCUUUAGUGCCGACUAUCGACACCACACGAACCAGCUGGAUCCUGGAACAGAUGGUGAAAAUUAAGAGGCCGGUGCUUCUGGUUGGAGAGUCUGGCACUUCUAAGACGGCCACCAUCCAUAACUUCCUGAAGAACCUCAAUGCAGAUACAAGAGUAGGUUUGUUUUUAACCGUCAUCGCAUGAACAUUUUUGAUACGCCAGUUGAGUCUAACUUUUCUUUUCUUCUUCCCAGAUUACACUGAUGAUCAACUUCUCAUCGAGGACAACUUCCAUGGAUCUGCAGCGAAACCUGGAGGCCAAUGUGGAGAAAAGGACCAAAGAGGUCUACGGGCCCACCAUUGGAAAGAGACUGCUGGUCUUCAUGGAUGACAUGAAUAUGCCAAAGGUAGAUAAUCUAAGCUCUAAAUCCAGUCCACUAUCUGUGAUACUUGUGUGUUUGACAUCACUGGCUCAUGCCUUGUGCGUUUCCAGGUGGAUAGUUACGGCACACAGCAGCCGAUCGCUCUCCUGAAGCUGUUGUUGGACCGAGGAGGCAUAUAUGACAGAGGGAAGGAGCUCAACUAUAAAAUCCUGAAGGACCUUGGCUUUAUCGCUGCCAUGGGAAAGGCAGGAGGUGGGAGAAAUGAGGUGGAUCCACGGUUUGUCUCCCUCUUCAGUGUCUUCAGCAUCCCUUUCCCCUCAGUGGAGUCCCUCCAUCUCAUCUACGCCUCCAUUCUCAAAGGUCACACCAGAGUGAGUACCUCAUUACAACAUAAAUCAAUAAGUGCUAGAACCAGUGUGUUUUAUUGGACUCAUUAAAUAUUUCAGACAUUUGAGGAUGCUAUACAGAACGUCUGUGAUACAGUCACCUCCUGCACACUGGAGCUGUACAGCAACAUCAUCAAAGAUCUGCCACCCACUCCAUCCAAGUUCCACUAUAUCUUUAACUUACGGGACCUAUCGAGAGUGUACAACGGGCUGACUCUGACCAAACCAGACAGGUUAGUGCUCACACUAACAGACAACGCAGUUAGAGGGUCAUCUUUCUUCAUGUCUUUGCUCUACUUUACUUCUUACAGGUUUUUGACCGUCACUCAGUUUGUGCGUGUCUGGAGGAACGAGUGUCUGAGAAUCUUUCACGACAGACUCAUCGAUAAAACUGACAAAGCCUUGGUAAUUUGACUGAGAAUAACAUAUUUUAUUGUAUUUAUCGAUAAUUAUUCUUCAAACUGUGAAACAGCUGUGUGUUCCUCUUUGGAAAUGUCCCUGAUAUGACCUUCAGGUCCAAGGACACUUGAAGAACCUGAUUGAGGAGCAUUUCAAGUCAGAUCUGGAGGCAGUCAUGAGAGACCCAAUUCUGUUUGGAGACUACAGGACAGCUCUCAGUGAGACUGAACCGAGGGUCUAUGAGGACAUGCAGGACUACGAUGCUUCAAAAGCCCUUUUUCAGGUUCAAUCUAAUUAUUGGAUAAGUUAUUAACCGUUAUGAGGAGCCUUUGUGUAUUUUUUUAAGUAAUAUUUCAAUGAUUCAAGUUGUUGACCUCUGCCGUGAUAUUUCCACAAUCUCUGGCAUUAUUCACUGACAUACCUAAAAGAUAGAUUUGUUUACAACCUGCAGGAGAUUCUUGAGGAAUACAAUGAGACCAAGUCGAGGAUGAACCUCGUUCUAUUUGACGACGCUCUGGAACAUCUGACCCGAGUUCACCGCAUCAUCCGCAUCGAUCGUGGCCAUGCCCUGCUUGUCGGUGUCGGGGGCUCGGGCAAGCAGUCCCUCACGAAACUCGCCGCCUUUGCCGCUGGCUGUGAGGUUGUUGCAAAGAUUUUCUUAAGAUUUUAAAGAGGAAAGUCUUACGAUGCAGCGCAAAAUGAACACAAAUAGAAAUGUCAGGAAUUAGGAUGAGAUCUCCAGUAGUUUUUACUUUUAAAUCAGUAUGUUUAAAGUUUCGUAGAACCAUAAGAACGAAGAGAAAAUGACUUUUUGAUUUAGGCGAUGAUGGGAAUCAGUCUUUGAACUUCAGAGCAUCUACUUCAGAAGCUGAAACAGAAAAUUACUGUUUAAAAACAUCAUUUUGAUAAAUCUCCACCAUCUGCUAACAAAAUCUGCUUAUCUUAGGUAUUUGAGAUAACACUAAGCAGAGGAUAUAAUGAGUCUAACCUCCGGGAGGACCUGAAAACGCUCUACCUGAAGCUUGGAAUUGAAAACAAGAAAACAGUCUUCCUCUUCACUGACGCCCAUGUUGCAGAGGAAGGCUUCCUGGAGCUCAUUAACAACAUGCUCACCUCAGGUUAGACAUCACUUUGACCUCUUGGCAUUCAUUCAUUUAUCUUUAAUCAAAGCUACACCUGUGGUAUUCUGAUCAUGCUGUGAUUUUUCAGGCAUUGUUCCUGCGUUGUUUCCCGACGAUGAGAAAGAUUCGGUUCUCAACCAGCUGCGUGAUGAGGCUCUAAAGAUGGGAUCAGGUCCAUCUAAGGAGAGUGUAUGGCAGUACUUUGUCAACAAAAGCGCCAACAAUCUCCAUAUUGUUUUAGGCAUGUCUCCAGUAGGAGACACCCUAAGGACACGCUGCAGGAACUUCCCAGGUGACAGUUAGUGCUAAGCUUUACGUGAUUCUAGUAAAACUCCUAAUUCUCUCAGCUAAACUGUGUUUAUGUUUGUUUUUGCAGGAUUGAUGAAUAACACUGUGAUAGACUGGUUCCUGCCGUGGCCUCCGCAGGCAUUACUUGCAGUGGCUCAGUCUUUCCUUGGUGUGUAAUUUAAUGGAAUUGUAUCUUUAUAAAUAUCUUUCAGGGAGCUUCACUUUACUUGCAUCUUUAUCUGUCUGAUGUAAAGAACUACAGCAGGAUUCCUGUUAAAAGAGUUUUAAUUUUUUUUUUGUCCAGGGGAAAGUCCGAUGAUUCCUGAGGCUCACUCUGCAGCAGUGAUAGCUCAUGUGUGCAUGGUUCACAGCUCUGUGGGUGACUACAGCAAACUGUUCCUGCAGAAACUCAGACGUUGCAACUUUGUUACUCCAAAGAACUACUUGGACUUCAUUCAUACAUAUUUAACCCUCUUGGAAGAGAAGGACCAAUGUAUCCUGGGUGAGAAACUAACCAGCACCUGCUAUGGAGGGCGCUCAGCUGCUGUGUAUUCAUAUAUUUAUAAUGAUUUCAAAAUCUUACCUUUUUCCUGCACCAGCUCAGUGCAAACGUCUGGAGGGAGGUUUGGACAAACUGAAGGAGGCCAGUGAACAGCUGGCGACACUGAAUGUCAAACUAGCAGAUCAGAAGGUGGUCCUUGCUGAGAAGUCCACAGCCUGUGAGGCACUGCUGAAUGAGAUUACUACAAACACAGCAGUAGGUCAGUGCAUCCUUUAGCCGAGUUGUACCAGAAACAGUAUUUUGUGGGUUAUGUUGUCAAACACAGUUGUUGCAAAGCAUUUAUUAAUGAUGUGUUUUUGUAGCCGAGGAGAAAAAGACUCUGGCAGAAGACAAGGCCAAAGAGAUUGAAGAGCAGAACAAGGUGAUUGCAGUUGAGAAGACAGAGGCUGAAAGUUCCUUGGCUGAAGCUAUGCCGGCAUUAGAGGCAGCCAGCUUGGCCCUGCAAGACCUCGAAAAAUCAGAUGUCACAGAAAUCCGGUAAAAUCUCCUCCUCAGUCAGAAACUUAUUUUCACUUUGCAUAAAAAAAACUGCGAUCUGGUCAAGAUGAAAAGGUUUCUGUAAUUAGAUAUCCAUAUGAAAAUCCUGUAAAGAAAACUGAUGCUGAAAAUAGACCUUGUUUAGUAUUUCAGAAGGUUUAAUCGUUUGUACUGAUCCAUCAUUCAAAAGCAGGACUUUGUACCUUACCAAAAAAGGAAACUUUGCCAUUCACGAAUCUUUCCCUUUCUUUCUGUCUGCCUUUCCUGUUCAUAACUAUUAUGUAGAUCCUUUGCCAAACCACCCAAACAGGUGCAGGUGGUUUGUGAAUGCAUCCUGGUGAUACGUGGCCACAAGGAGGUCAGCUGGCAGGCAGCUAAGGGGAUGAUGUCAGAAGCUAACUUCUUGCGUUCACUGAUGGAAAUGGACCCUGAUUCUAUAAAUAACAACCAAGUCAGGACCGUCAAAGGUAAGUUGACUUCAUGAUCACAAGUGUACAACACAAUGCACUGUGUAUACCAGUUGCAUUUUCAUUUGAUAAGUAUGCCUUUGUCUGGUCAGGCUUCCUGAAAAAUCUCCAGACGAGCUUCGAAGAGAUGCAAGGCAUAAGUAGGGCCGGUGCAGGAAUGCUAAAGUUUGUUGAGGCAAUCGUGGGAUAUUGUGAUGUUGCCAGGGAGAUCAAACCCAAGAGAGAGAGGGUAAUGUAACGUGUAUAAGUGCUACUUCAUUACACUCUUGUGUAAGGAGGAAAGGAUGAGGAUAAUAUUUGAUUUUCUUCAGGUGGCACGCCUAGAGAAGAACUUCUUUCAGAGUAAGCGCGAGUUGGAGGGCAUUCAGCGUGAGCUCAGCGAUCUCCAGCAAGAGUUGGGCGCUCUUGGAGACAAGUACCAUGCUGCCAUCUUUGAGAAGGAGACUCUGCAAGAGGAGGCUGAGGUCAUGGAGCGGAGGCUGAUAGCAGCUGACAAACUUAUUUCAGGCCUGAGUUCUGAGAAUGAACGGUGAGACUGAAAAAGACACAACACUUGCAGCUAUGCAUCUAGUUAACCCCCUACAUUUUCUUCGCCUCCUUAUUUUCCCACCUUUCCCUUUUUUCUGCCCACCUAGGUGGACACAAGACUUGGAGGAGUUACGGCAGCGACGUGUGCGCCUCCUGGGUGACUGUCUGAUAUCUGCUGCUUUCCUGAGUUACGAAGGAGCCUUCAGCUGGGUUUUUAGGAAUGAAAUGGUUUACCAAGUGUGGGUUAAAGAUGUACAAGAGAGAGGCGUCCCUUUGAGUCAGCCUUUCAGAAUUGAAAACCUUCUAACCGAUGAGGUCGAAAUCAGCAGGUGAAGCUCAUUCUUUGUAGAAGGGAUUAUGCUUGUUUCAAAUAUCUUUAACACUGUGCAAGGCUAACUUUGUGUUGAAUAUACUUUAUAUGGCAGAUGGGGCUCAGAAGGCUUACCUCCUGAUGAACUGUCAGUGCAAAAUGGAAUCCUCACAACCAGAGGAAGCCGGUUUCCAAUGUGUAUCGACCCUCAACAACAGGCCCUCAACUGGAUCAAGAAGAAAGAAGAAAACAACAACCUCAAGGUAUAAAACUGUCGUGUAGAAACCAGUAAUAUUGCAUUUUCACUCUUGAGCUCUAAAAUGACUGCUGACAACAACAAGUGUGUGACAUUGUGUCCAUUGUCCCCAGAUUUCAUCUUUUAAUGACCCAGACUUCCUGAAGCACCUUGAGAUGGCCAUAAAAUAUGGCUUUCCAUUCCUUUUUCAAGAUGUGGAUGAGUAUAUCGACCCUGUCAUUGACAAUGUCCUGGAGAAGAACGUAAAAGGAGCAGAGGGCAGACAGGUCAUCAUGCUGGGGGACAAGGAGGUCAACUAUGAUCCCAACUUUAAAAUGUACCUCAAUACAAAGCUGGCUAACCCCAGAUACUCCCCAUCAGUGUUUGGAAAAGCCAUGGUCAUUAACUACACCGGUAUGAUCAACCACAGUUUGUUGUGUGCCACUGAAUCAGUAUAUGUUUGAUGUUCUGUCCAUCGUGUAUAUAAAUUUAUUGUCUCUGUAUUAUCUCUAGUGACCCUGAAAGGUCUGGAGGAUCAGCUGCUGAGUGUGAUCAUGGGUUUUGAGAAGAAGGAGCUGGAGGAGCAACGUGAUCACUUGAUCCAAGAGACGAGCAACAAUAAGAAGCUGCUGAAGAACCUCGGGGAUUCGCUGCUCAGAGAGCUGGCCAUGUCUACAGGGAACAUGCUGGAUAACACUGAGCUGGUUUACACUUUAGAGGAGACUAAGUCCAAAUCAAGCGAGGUCGGUUUGUCGACAGUGUGCAACUGUGAACAUUUAAAUUUUACUGAAGACGUUAAUUCAGUUUUUUCCCCCAGGUAUUUGAGAAACUAAAGUUGGCAGAGAAGACAUCUAUGGAUAUUGAUAAACUCAGAGAUGGUUACAGACCUGCAGCUGAGCGUGGUGCCAUCCUGUUCUUCGUACUGACUGAAAUGGCUCUGGUGAACAGCAUGUACCAGUACUCUCUUGCUUCCUACCUGGAAGUGUUCGACUUUUCUCUGCGCAAGUCUCUACCUGACUCAGUUUUGCCUCGUAGACUGGAAAACAUCAUGAACACUCUAACUUACAGUGUGUACAACUAUGGAUGCACAGGUAACAUCACAGUGACUGAAUUGUGCGAUUACUUACUUUGAUUAUUUUGGCAAGUUUACUGAUCUUACCACAUGUCCUCAGGUCUGUUUGAGAGACACAAGCUGCUCUUUUCCUUCAAUAUGACCAUCAAGAUAGAGCAAGCGAAGGGGAGAGCGCCUCAGGAGGAGUUGGAGUUUUUUAUCAAGGGUGAGACAUCCUGAAAAGUUAGACCAUGCUUGCUAUAUGAGACAGUAGCUGCGUUUACUUGGGCACAAAUAAUCGGAAUAAAUGCCCGAUCGAAUGAAACUGCGUUAUGUAAAGAUCAGAACAUUGGUCAAUCGGAAGAUUCUGAUCCAAUUCGGCUCAAUCGGAAAGCAAUUGUAUUCCGAUCGAGAGGGGUGGUUUAUGCCGAUCGGUAUUCCAAAACGCGUCCAUCGUGACUCUCUUACCUGACUCGAUCUUCACUCAUUAGCCUUUCGCUUAUAUAUUAAGGCCAGUACAGGAGGUUUCAUUAUUAACACUCUGGUAUAAAACACAACCGCAGGUGCCGUGUCUGCUCCUCCGGUAACAUAACAAGGCUUACAUACAGUGUAAUGAUGUCACAUCUGCACGCACAGAGCGACCUGUGACAGAACAGUAAAAUAAGUACGCAAGGGCGCCAUCUAGUGACAAUAUCUAGUAGAGGGAAAACUCCUGAAUCAGAUGGAGUGAGCCAAUACCGCAUUAGUCGGUUUGUUGACAGCACAUGUGUAAAUACCCCUCUCCUGCGGUUGGUAAAGCGAAAUCAGACAACAUAUAAACAGUGGAUUCAGGUUAUCCGAUUACUCAAAUUUUUAAUCGGAUCAAGAAAUUUUGCCCAUGUAAGCAUGCUAAUUACAAUGACAGCACAUGAACUCUGUUGCAGCCCAUGACCAAACCUUUUGUUUGAUAUGUCCUCCUCACGUGUAAAGGUAAUCUGUCACUGGAAAAGAGCACACGUAAAAAGCCUUGUGACUGGCUUCCAGACCAGGGCUGGGAGGACAUAGUGAAACUUGCAGAGCUCUUUCCUGAGCAGUUUGGCUCUCUGCCUGAUGAUGUGGAGAAAAAUUCCACCGACUGGAAGUCUGUAAGUGAGCCCAGUAACAGGAAUCACAAGAGGCAUUACACUUGAUCCAUUAAGAGUAAAACUAUUGUUCUCUUCUCCUUAGUGGUAUGACCUAGAUGGACCUGAACAGGUUCCAUUCCCCAUGAAAUACGGGGAGAGCCUGUCAGCCUUUCAGAAGCUGCUGCUGCUGCGCUGCUUUCGUGUUGAUCGAGUCUACAGAGCUGUGACCGACUAUGUCACCGUCACCAUGGGCGAGAAGUGAGACUUUUAAGUACCAAUAUGUAAACCAUGGUACAACUUCGGUCAAAGAUUACUGAGGAUACAAGCAACACAUAUAAAAGAACUAACGUUUGAAGUCUCUUCUAUUUUCGCUCAGAUAUGUACAGCCUCCUGUGAUCAGCUAUGAUGCUAUUUACGAGCAGAGCACACCCUACUCCCCCAUUGUCUUCAUCUUGAGCCCUGGAUCUGACCCAGGAAGUGACCUCAUGAAACUAUCAGAGAGGGCAGGCUUUGAAGGACACAAGUUCAAGUUCCUUGCUAUGGGCCAAGGCCAGGAAAAGGUAAUUAACACCUCCCUGCAAUAACAUAGAUAAGGAACCCUAAUGAUGGUCAGCUUAAAUCACACAAAGCAACAUUCAAAUAUUAUCUGUAAUAUUGUCGUCUGUGGUACAGGUGGCACUGCAGUUGCUGGAGAAGGCAGUUGCCUGUGGUCUGUGGUUGAUGCUACAGAACUGCCACCUUCUGGUCAAAUGGUUAAAGGAACUGGAGAAGGCGUUAGAGAGGAUCACCAAGCCCCACCCUAACUUCCGCUUAUGGAUCACAACCAACCCCAUCCAAGAUUUUCCCAUUGGCAUACUACAAAAGUCUCUAAAGGUAAAAAAAACAUUUCCCCUUCAGCUGUGUUUUGUUUUGACUUUUUGAUUUACCACUUUCCGAUAACGGGCACAAUAGAGAUGAGGAAAACAGGAUAUUGUUUCCUUUUUAAUACAGGAAAAUGAUUGAUGAAAAACUGCAGUAACAGCAGAGGAUCUGUGUGUUUACAUGCGCUUUAAUCUCUUGUGCAGGUGGUGACAGAGCCUCCCAACGGUCUCAAGCUGAACAUGAGAGCCACUUACUCUAAAAUCCCCCAUGGGACCUUUAAUGCAUGUCCACACCCAGCCUUCCGCAGCCUGGUGUAUGUACUGGCCUUCUUCCAUGCGGUUGUCCAAGAAAGACGCAAGUACGGGAAAAUCGGCUGGAACGUCCCGUACGACUUUAACGAGUCUGACUUCUUAGUAGGUGUUUUAUACUUUACAUCAAUCAAGUUGAACAAGAAGCUUAAAAUUCAGAUAUUGUUACUGUGCUCGACAGGUGUGUAUGGAGAUACUGAACACCUACCUCACUAAAGCUCACAAUCAAGGAGACGCCGAUAUUCCCUGGGGAAGUCUGAAGUACCUUAUUGGGGAGGUCAGACUGAAUUCAUCAUAUUGAAAAGAUCAUACGGUUAUUUUUUUUUGGUCUGGUUGAUGCUUUAAGCUCUUUUUAUUCGGACAAUGUGAACAUGUAGGUGAUGUAUGGCGGGCGAGCCAUCGACAGCUUCGACCGCAGGAUCCUGACUGUCUACAUGGAUGAAUACCUCGGCGACUUCUUGUUCUACACCUUUCGAGAGUUCCACUUCUUCAGCAACAAGGAUGUCGAUUACAAGAUCCCUCCAAACGGGCCAAAGACAACAUACCUCGGUCAAUUACUUUCAUUGUUUUUAUUCUUCCUUACAAAAAAAGGCGACUCUCUUAUCAGCUCUAUCCUGUUAUCCUUACAGAUGAGAUUGAGGCCCUGCCACUGGUAAACACACCAGAGGUAAUGGGACUUCACUCCAACGCAGAGAUCGGAUACUACACACAGGCAGCGAAAGACAUGUGGGCUCACCUCAUAGACCUGCAGCCUCAGACAGGUAACACCUCAGAAGAACAAGCUUCACACUGAUCUGAGAGCAAAUGAUCAACCAUGAAAGCAGUGUUUUCUAUUUUCUGUAGUGCCUUUGAAUCAUUGCGCCUCAUGCUUUUUGCCUCAAGUGUUUCCCUUCUCAUGUCCUUCAAAUGCUCUCCUAUUCCUCAGGGGAAUCUGGAGGAAGUGUCAGCAGGGACGAGUACAUUGGUCAGGUGGCACAAGACAUUCAGAACAAGCUGCCCGUGUUAUUCGACAUGGAUGUGAUCCUGAAACAGUUCGGCACAGACAUAUCCCCGACGUCAGUGGUGCUGCUUCAAGAAUUGGAGCGCUUUAACAAACUGGUGGUCCGCAUGCAGCGCUCUCUGGCUGAGCUGCAAAGGGUGAGAAAGAAGGAACCGGGAGAACCUGGUCUGGCACAGAGAUGGAUGACAACUGAGAGGGAGAGCACACAAUAAGACCCAUUCCCUGAUACCUGAUGAAAACUAACUCUUAACUUCAUGUCCUCUAGGCUUUGGCUGGUGAGGUUGGUAUGAGCAGUGAGUUGGAUGAAGUCGCUCGGGCUCUGUUUAACGGUCACAUCCCUGCCAUUUGGAAGAAAUUGGCACCUGACACUCUCAAGUCUCUCGGCAACUGGAUGGUCCAUUUCAGGAGACGCUUUGAACAGUAUAGUUACUGGGUAAAGACAGACACGCUAUCAAAGAUUAAUAUGAAUGUUACAAAAAGAAAAGGCAGCAGACACGAUGAGGAUACAUUUUCAUUUGUUUCAGGUGGACAAUGGAGAGCCGAAGGUCAUGUGGCUCUCAGGACUCCAUAUCCCAGAAUCUUACCUGACGGCUCUGGUCCAAGCAGCUUGUAGAAAAAACGGCUGGCCUCUAGAUCUUUCCACACUGUACACACAAGUGACCCAGCAUCGCCAUGAGGAUGAAAUCAGUGACAGACCUGGACAAGGUGCUGAAAUAAUCAUCUUUUGCUGCAUGGUUAGUAAUGAGCGAUAAAAACUGAUGAUGGUGUUUUUCCUCUGCAGGCUGCUUUGUGUCCGGUUUGUACCUGGAGGGCGCAGACUGGGAUGGAGAGAAAGGCUGCCUGGUGAAGAGUAAACCAAAAGCUCUGGUGGUUGAACUGCCCAUUCUCAAAGUCAUCCCUAUAGAGACACGCAGACUCAGGUUACAGGUGAGGAAAAUGGUUCUGCUGACCUCUCGAUCAUUUACUUUUAAGCAUUUUUUUCUUCACUCUUGUGUUUUUUGUGUGUGUGUUUUGUAUCACAGAAUACUCUGCGGACACCUGUGUACACCACAUCCUUACGGAGGAAUGCGAUGGGUGUGGGGUUGGUGUUUGAGGCCGACCUUUUCACCACUAUGCAUAUCUCACAUUGGGUGCUCCAGGGAGUGUGUUUAUGCCUCAACGCUGACUGA